GGGUGGAGCCGGGAGUCGCCGGGCGGCGGAGGCGGAUUUCCUGGGCCGCUGUGUCUCUGGAGCGACCAUGGCGUUUGGGAAGAGUCACCGGGAUCCCUACGCGACCUCCGUGGGCCACCUGAUAGAAAAGGCUACAUUUGCUGGAGUUCAGACUGAAGACUGGGGCCAGUUCAUGCACAUCUGUGACAUAAUUAAUGCUACCCAGGACGGGCCAAAAGAUGCAGUGAAAGCUUUGAAGAAAAGGAUCUCCAGAAACUACAACCAUAAGGAAAUCCAACUCACCUUGUCACUGAUUGACAUGUGCAUGCAGAACUGUGGGCCGAAUUUCCAGUCUUUGAUUGUGAAGAAGGAAUUUGUCAAAGAUAGUCUAGUUAAGCUGCUGAAUCCCAGAUACAACUUGCCACUAGUCAUUCAGAAUAGAAUCUUGAAAUUCAUUAAGACUUGGUCACAGGGUUUUCCAGGAGGCGUGGAAGUAACUGAGGUGAAAGAAGUGUACCUGGACUUGCUGAAGAAAGGUGUCCAGUUUCCUCCCUCAGACGCAGAAGCUGAAACAAGACAGGAGACUGCUCCAAUCUCAGCCCAUGCACCAACAUCGGUCCCAACUGCUCCUGCUCUUCCAUCCAUAACUGCUACCAAGAACCCGACUAUUUCAUUAGUCCCAGAACAGAUUGGAAAGUUGCACAGCGAAUUGGAUAUGGUGAAAAUGAAUGUGCGAGUGAUGACUGCCAUAUUGCUGGAGAACAAGCCUGGGUCUGAAAACCCGGAUGACAUAGAGCUUCUGCAGAAACUGUACAAGAUAGGCCGAGAGAUGCAAGAGAGGAUCAUGGACCUGCUUGUGGUGGUGGAGAAUGAGGACUUAACUGUGGAGCUCAUUCAAGUGAAUGAAGAUUUGAAUAAUGCCAUCCUUGGGUAUGAGAGGUUUACUCGAAACCAACAGAGGCUUUUGGAGCAAAGGGGGAACCAGAAUGAAGCCACCCAUACUGCCAGUGAGCCUUCUGCUCCAUCUUGUGAUCUCUUGGACCUGAGUCCCAGCUCUUUCGUUCCUGCAGUCACUCAAGGAGAACUCAGCAACAUGAAUGCACAGUUUUCAAACUUAAGUUUCAGUGCUCCAAAUCCUGUAGUAACAAACAACUUGAGCCCCAGUCUUUAUCCACAAAUGGAUUUGUUAGCUUCAGAAAAUACAGAAAUAUCCCCGUUUGCCCAAAGGACCAGCCAAAAUCUCACCUCAAGUCACACAUACGAUAAUUUACCAGAACACUCAAAUUCAGUAUUACUACAGCCAGUCAGCCUACAGACCAUCACAGCAACACCAGCAAACCAAAGGCCACCACCCUUACCCAGCAGUCACCCAGCAAUGAUAAACAAUGAUAGCCAGCCACCCAAUUACUACGAGGUAAUGGAAUUUGAUCCUUUAGCUCCUGCUGUUACCACAGAAGCUAUUUAUGAAGAAAUUGAUCUUCAUUGCCACAAAGGAGCUAAAAGUCACAGAGAUCGUUGAGGUUACAGUGGAUUAUCAGCUCACUAGUAGCACAAGGAUACCAGCGCUCUAAAGAACAGACCCUGUCCAACUUUCAGGCCUGGAAGACAAGAGCAACCAAGUUAUGAAGACCAAGGCAGGCCAUUUCUCUUCUUUUAUCAGGAUAAUAACAUUUGUGGCUCCUUGAUGGCUCAAAAUUUAUUUCCAUAUAAAUUGGCUGUAAGAAACAAUCAAACUUCAUAAGGAAAUUGCUUAGUAAUUAGGCCAACCUACAGUCUUAUGUCAUAGAACUUUCUACACAGAAAACUCAAGACCCAACUAUAAGAAUAGAUGAAGAUUAUUCAACUACAAAAUGAUUCUGAUGCUACAUGUGUAAUGAGUGCCUUCAUUUAACUAAAGUUGAAUGUAAAAGUCAAUUUGCACUAAUUUUUAAUAAUACUAUUGUUUAGAAUUGUUGUAAAGACUUGAUGAUUGUAUUUUAAUUAUAUUUCAAGUGCCCUGAACCAAGUCACUACUGGAGUAUGUAUCAGGUAGCUUUUAUAUGAUUCUUUGUAAUGCUAAAUAUUUUCCCCCUAGGACUGUAAUUAACAUCUCUAUUUGGAACAAAGACAAAUGGAAACCAUUCAAUUGUGCAUUAUUUUCAUAAACUACAAUGACAAAUUACUAUUAAAAUAAUUUAAUAAUCUUUGUUUUAGUCUUGUGUUCAAAAGAACUUUUACAUCAGUACAUCUUCACAAUCCUACCCUGUGUUUUAGUAUUAAGAGUUGGAACUAUGAAGGUAAAUGCUAACAUAGCCUGAUAUACAUAAUUCUUGCAUUUUAUUUCAAUAAUACCACCAUAAUUUCCAAAUAA